AUGUUUGUGACUGAUGCCCAACAGCUGUUUCUUGAGAUUUAUUCAUUCAUGGACUGGAUCCUCCUUGCUCAGCCUCAUAUCACUGCCAGUGACAGGACUGCCAUCGUCAACUUGGAGUGGAUGGGCGCCUUCAUGCACAACAGCGACAUGUGCAACAAGCUGUACAUUGCUGGUAUCCCUGUUUGCCCAUUUUACUCACCUGUCCUGAUCAAAUCAUCCUUGCAAUGCAGCCACAAUUGUCAGCUUCAUGUUCGCCACCUCUAUGGGGGCACGACAUUCAGAGACCCCAAGCCAGGUCCUUUGUUGGGUCCUUCGUCGAGCAGCUUAUCUACACCCAGUUCUUCUACUGCUGGGCCAUCCUCUCAACCAUCCAUUGCAGGCAAGGCCCUUCCAAAACAUCAUAACAAGAAGCACAGGCACCAGCCCUACGUCAAAGAUGCUCAGCCCGCGCACCACAACCAGUCAGGUGAAUCCAUUAGGGACAAAUGGAAAGAUCCUGAGAGCCCCUACUUCCCGCCAUCAAUGCUUCAUUGGGAUAAUGCCCUCAAAAGAUGCAUCAAGGAUUCAUCUUGUGUCCGCACUCCCUAUCUGCCGGAGCACCUUCAGGGAUACAUAACCACUUGGCUCGCCUGUCAUCCAAUAUGGAUCAGAUGGGUUGAUCACAACCCUCCUCACAAUUACCCAUCCCCUCAACUAUGGCAUGACUUCCUUAGUAGCGGGAUUUCUGCCCAAUCACAAGCCGCAGCACCCAAAGCAAAAGCUCCUGAAAAAAAAGUUCUUACUGUGGCAGAGAAGUGCAAGGGAAUGAUGAAGGAUUUGUUUGGAGAUGAUAUGGUGGACUCUCAUGGAGAUUUAUUUGUGCCAGAAGGAAUGGUAGAAUUUCAUGGUGAACAGGUCCCUGUCACCAGUCUCACCAACCCUCCCCAGCUCCUUGCCCAAAAGAUUACCUGGGAGUUGUUUGAGCUUGGAUUCCACUAUGAAUUGAGGGAUCUUGAUUGUCACUUGGCCAAGGGAUGCUGGGCAGAAGAUCCAGUUGGUCGCAAACAGUUGCUGCAUGCCAUCUUCCCUGGUGAGGCUGGCCUUGUCAUGUGGUUGGAGCUGUUUCCGAAUGGACAAUUAUGGGAUGUGGAAUCAUACCUUAAUUGGUGUUCUUCCAUACCUUGA